AUGUCGCCGUCUUCUGCAGCGCACUCACCACGGCCUGAGUCACGUAGUGAGUUCGAAAUUGCCAUCAUAUGUGCGUUACCUACCGAGGCGAGUGCCGUCGAAGCGGCAUUUGACGAAAUCUGGGACGAUGGAGGAAACAAAUAUGGCAAAUCGGCCAGCGAUAGCAACGCAUAUACAAUAGGGUUAAUUUGCAAUCACUAUGUUGUGUUAGCUUAUAUGCCAGGCAUGGGCAAGAAAAAUGCAGCCAGUGUCGCCGCUCAUUUCCGGUCAAGCUUCCCAGGCAUCAAGCUUGCUUUACUGGUCGGUGUCUGCGGGGGAGUUCCAAACGGGGGAGAUGGUGAAGAGAUCAUUCUGGGCGACGUGAUAAUCAGUGACGGGGUGGUGGAAUACGACUUCGGGAGGCGUUUCCCUGGAAGUCAAUUCGUCCGGCGAGACACACCGAUGGACAUCCUCAGCCCACCCAGAGCUGAAAUCCGAGCAAUGCUGGCCAAGUUGCGAACUCAAAGAAACAAGAACCUCCUUCAUGACAAGUUGGCGAAAAAUAUUGAUGUAUUGUGUCGGAAGCUUGGCCUUCGAGGAACCAGAUAUCCUGGCACCAAGUUAGACCAGCUGUUCCGCCCUAGCUACCAACAUCGACAUCGCGAACUGAGCGAUUGCAAGGUUUGUACGGGAGGUAACAUUUGCGGUAUCGCCCAAAAGAUGUCUUGUCAGCAGCUAGGCUGUGAUCAAACGUAUUUGGUAUCUCGUCAAAGGCUAUCGAUGGCGGAGAAUGCCACCUCGGCAGCAUCGCCAAAGAUUCACUUCGGCCGAAUUGCUUCCGGAGACACAGUGAUGAAGUCUGGAGAGGACCGGGACAAGAUAGCAGAAGAAGAAGAUGUAAUAGCUUUCGAAAUGGAAAGUGCAGGAAUCUGGGACGUUUUCCCCUGUCUAGUCAUCAAAGGUGUUUGUGAUUACGCAGACAGUCACAAGAACAAAACCUGGCAGCCAUACGCUGCAGCGGCAGCUGCAGCCUGUAUGAAGGCCUUGUUGGACUUUUGGGUCACAGUUGAUAAAAACAAAUGUGGCCGUACCCUCAGUUUUCGUAACAUCGAUGCUCGGUAUCAAGAUAUUUCUGUGGCCCACAGAAGCACUUGCUCAUGGAUUUUGAAAAACUCGGAAUUCUGGCAAUGGCAAAAUCGCCAUGACCUCCAGAACAACAACGGCCUUCUUUGGAUCAAGGGCAAGCCUGGAGCAGGGAAAUCAACAUUGAUGAAGUACAUCUUCAAGCAGACAAAGGAGACACUUUUCAAAAACCAUGUCAUUGCCGCAUACUUCUUCAACGCUCGUGGGACAGAUCUCGAAAAAACCCCAAUUGGAAUGCUUCGAUCGCUGGUAUAUCAAUUGAUCGAUCAAGACAGAGGUGCAUGUGAGCGCCUUCUUGUUCUUUUCCGAGAUAAACUCAAAAAGCACUUUCAGGGACAUUGGGAUUGGGGAAGAGGAGAGCUCGAGGAGUUUCUUUCUGUCGAAGCAAAUCGGACCCCCCCCAAGCCCAUAAUCUUUCUCAUUGACGCUUUAGAUGAAUGUGGUGAGCAAGAGGUUCAAAACGUCGUAACUUUUCUCGAGUUGUUGAGCACAGAUGCUGUGCAAGCUGGAGUCGAAUUACGUAUCUGCCUUUCAAGUCGUCAUUAUCCUACAGUCAGUAUAAGAAAGUGUCUGGAAUUGAUUGUCGAGGAGAUACAGGAGCACGACGACGACAUCAAAGUAUACAUUCGGGAUAGACUGAUAGAACGAACUGAAAAGUUUGAAGGCCAGAUUCUCGCCAAAGCAUGUGGCAUCUUCAUGUGGGUUGUUCUAGUCGUGGCCAUGCUCAACCACGCGUUCAACCAUGGAAAGAUAGAGGCGAUGCAGACUCUGCUUGAUGAGCUUCCUCCUGACAUUGAGCAGGUCUUCCAGACUUUGCUGAACCGAGAUAUGGAUAACAAGCACGAGACAAUACUUGCAAUACAAUGGAUUCUCUUCAGUAAACGGCCGAUCCAGCCGGUUGAGCUGUUCUGCGCAGUGCAAGUUGGAACUACUCCAAAACAAAUCAGUCCCUGGGAUACUUCGGAAAUCACGAGCAACAAGGUCAGUAAUCGUAUCAUUCAUUCCUCGAAAGGUUUGAUCGAGAGGCGGAAAGGGGAGACCACUUUGCAAUUUAUUCAUCUGUCCGUUAAUGACUUCCUGCUUCGUAAUGGAAGAUUGAGGACUUUAGACUCGAAAUUACGGAAUAACCCUGUUGGCACAAGCCACGACUAUUUGAAAAGAUGUUGUUUGGCGUACCUGAUGAGCAUGCAACUGCCCAUUGAGUAUGACGCUUUUGUUGCUCAGAGGAGCUACCCUUUCCUGCCGUACACGUCCAAGUACAUAUUCUACCAUGCCGAAACUGCACAAGCAUCUGGUGUCUCACAGCGAUCGUUCUUGCAGAGCUUUUUGACGCAACCUCACAAAGGCAGGAUCCUGACUGCGUGCUAUAGGCUGUUCAAUGACUUUCGGUGUCGCAAUGUGCUGCAAAUCCUAGCACUGAACGGCUAUAUUGAGUUGGUUCGUGUGUUUUCCCGUUGUACAGGCUUUGAUGUGAAUGCACACGAUAGUGGAUACUAUGGCAAUGCGCUCCAGGCUGCUGUCACUGGCGGACAUCCAAAAAUGGUGAGUUUGCUCUUGGGCCUGGGGGCCAAUGUCAACGCAAAGGCUGGCAAAUACGGCAAUGCUUUGCAAGCGGCAGCAUGGCAAGGUAACAAGGAGAUUGUGGGAAUUUUACUACGCCAUGGAGCCAAUGUUCAUGCGCAGGGAGGACGGUAUGGAAGUGCUUACAGGGCGGCUGAAAAAGCCGGGAAAGUAUCCAUUAUGAAAAUGCUAGAUACAGCAGAGAGCAUCAAGGCGGAGAGCUCAAGGUCGAGUGCUUGUAUCAUUCUGUGA